GUCCUGCAGUAAAACAGUUUGUGUUAAAACGGCUGUUCCAAGCUGUGAAAUUGCAAAACAAAACAAAAAGUCUCAGCUUCUUGUUUAUUUUCCUUGUUUAGUUGCAUUUUUAUCAUCUGCACAUUUCCCUCCUUUGUUAUUUCUAUCCAUCCUUCUAUUGAGCUUUCUUAGACAAAGCAGUGAAACCAUAUUAACUUUGACAAUUGUCUUUUCUCCACUUCUAAAAACAACAACAAUUUUAAAAAAACUAACCACACACUGAAAUACUGGGUCUAUCAAACAGAGCAAAGAUGCACUGGAGACCUUUUCUGCUCAUUCUAAUGGGUCAGUGUUCCUUGUUUUCAUGCCAGCGCUAUGAGUACUAUUUUAUUAAAGAGCCUAAAACAUGGGACGAAGCUCAGAGCUACUGUAGAGAAGGAUAUAAAGACCUGGCCACAGUGCCUGACGUGACAUAUAGGGAGACUCUGUACAUAGAUUCUACAGAGAAUCAAGCAAACGCCUGGAUUGGGCUGUACAGCAUCUCAGGAAGAGAAAACAGGAUGUGGCACUGGUCUCUGCCAGGAGUGGAGUUCCAUGAUAAAGAGAUGAAAUGGAAAGUAGGGGAACCUAAUGAUAAACCUGAACAUCUUGAGAACUGUGGACGGAUUAAAAGCCCUGAUGGGCUGGUGGAUGUUGGCUGUUCUAACAAUCACGCUUUUGUCUGCUAUAAUGAACAAAACAAAUCACUCCAUUUGAUUGACACAAAAAAAAAGUGGCGUGAGGCUCAGAGCUACUGCAGACAGCACCACACAGACCUGGCCAGUGGAGCAGAACAGUUAAAGGAAGCAGUCAGUAAAUUAUCUGGUAAACCACCAUCAUGGAUCGGUCUGUUCAGAGACACCUGGAGGUGGUCAGAUGGGAGUAAUUCUUCUUACAGACACUGGGAAAGUGUGCAUGAGUUGCCUGUAGAGCUGUCUAAAACUGACAGCGGCACCAGGAAGUGUGCGAUGAUUGCAUUAAACAAAGAAGGAAAAUGGAGCGCUGAUGAUUGUAACAACACAAAACCUUUCUUCUGCUAUGAUGAAAAAUGGAUCCUGAUCAAUGAAAGCAAAAAUUGGGACGACGCCUUAAUUUACUGCAGAAAGCACCAUGAUGGCCUGGUCUCCAUCACAAGCAGUGAACAGCAAGAAUUGGUGAAGGAGAAAGCCAAGAAUGCCACCACUCCGUAUGUCUGGCUGGGACUGCGCUACAGCUGCGCUCUCGAUCUGUGGUUCUGGGUCAAUGACCAGCUUGCCUGCUAUCAGAACUGGGCCAAUGAGACAGACACUGGACAUUGCAACCUGGCUGUAGCCAUGGAGACAGGAGGAGAACAUAAAUGGUUGAAGAAAGAUGAUGAAGAGAAGUUUAACUUCAUCUGUUCUCUGUGACUGGUUUUAAAAGCAGUGUAGCAGCCAUGGGUUAAAAAUGUGCCAAUACUAGAAACAGAUGACACAUAACAAUCAUUUAAGUUGAUCAGGCAUAAAAUUAUGACCCCGGACAUGUAAGGUGAAUUACACUGAUUAUCUCUUCAUCAUAGAGCCUGUUAGUGGGUGGGAUACAUCAGGGACCAAGGCAACAUUUGGUCCUCAAAGCUAAUGUGUUAGAAGCUGUUUUUUAUUUUUCAAACUGUAGAAUGCUUUAUUCCUAAAGAAGUUUAAAAGUGAUACGUACUGUAGAGUAAAAUAUACCACAGCAUUUGUAUGCUUAUAUAAACUUUCCAUAAUCUGACAAAGAUACAAGAUUUAUAGUAAUACUUAUCCUGAGCAAGUAACAAUUUUUUAUUUAAAAAAAACAACAUACAAAGAGAAACAAAAACCUUUGAUUAAAGAAAGAAAAAUAAUAGCAUGAGGCCUUAAAAUAAUGCAGAGUGCAUGUUUGACCUGGUCUCCAUCACAAACCCGGAACAGCAGGAACUGGUGAAGGAGGCAGCCAAGAACACCAACACAGCCCACGUCUGGCUGGGACUGUGCUACAGCUGUGCUCUUGAUCUGUGGCUCUGGGUCAAUGACCGGCUUUGUCUGCUAUGAGAACUGGACCAAUGAGACAGAGACCGACUGCAGCAACGGAGAAAGAAAAACAAGAGUUACAAUCACAGCCUAAAAACACUGUUAAAAGUAUGUUUUCUCUGUUUCCAGGCUAGAAACAAGCGACACAUAACAACGAUAGCAUUUCUUUGUUUUUAUUCUUCUUUUGAAGUUUAUUUCUUUGUAUUCUGUCACAUAUUUGUUACAAAAUAGGAAUCUGUUCUAGCUCAAUAACUCUUCACCUGUUAGAUAACAUAAGGUGAUGGCUUUGUAGUGUAUACAGCAAUUAUAAGAUUAUUUAUUUUUAUUAUUAUUUUAUUAACCUUUAUUUAACCAGGAAGAUCCCAUUGAUAUUAA